CCAGAAGGAGCUGCCAGAAGGAAUGUAUCGUGUCCAAGCGUCUUUAUUGAUAUCUCCCCUUUUCAGGCACACGUGAGAAUGGAAAAAACAGCCAGCAAACGGAGCAAGAGGUCACCCUCGUUUACCCCAGAGGAGAUGGCCGUAUUAGUGGACGAGGUCUGGCAGCACCGUAAUGACUUAUUUGGGGGAACAAAGGGAAAAAAAACAAUUGUAUUAAAGAACCGAAUUUGGCAGGCCAUAGCCCAAAAGAUGUCCCCCUCUAGUCCCUGUGGCCUGCGAGACUGGGGUGCUGUAAGGAAAAAGUGGCAGGAGUUCCAAAGCCAAACCAAAAAAAAAAGUGCAAAGGUGAGGCGAGAGAGCAUGGGCAUGGGUGGUGGCGCACAUGGUGCUACAACCCUCACUCCGGACGAGGAAAAAGUCCUUUACAUAAUUGGAAAGACGGCCUCUGAAGGCAUUAGUGGGGGCAUCUAUCUUCUGGGGGACGAGGGCCUCUCAGGAAACAGCGAGGGCGAGGAGGAGGAGCCAUCUGGGAGCAGAGCGGCGACAUGCACGUCCCCAGGAGAAGACCACCCCCCACAACCGAGCCCUGUCCCCGCGCGCCAACCAACAGGGCCCGGUGUCCGCAUGCGGGGAAGCUUAGGAGGGUGGCCCCCCAUAACGACCUGCACCUGCAGCGAGAUGCUGGUGCGUCUCGAGAGGGAGAAACUGGUGGUGCUGCGGGGGAUAGAGGGCCAACUGGAGAGACAGACUGCCCUCCAGGAGGAGAUGGUGCAGAUAAAACGCCAGAAGUUGGAGCUGCAGCUGGCACUUGUCGAGGCGCAGUUCAACCGUCCCUCCAUCUCGGCCCCAAUAAUUCUCCCCCAGGAUGGAGGUGAUGCAGAUGCAGACGCCCAGUAAGACAGCGGUGCCACUGCUUUUAGUUUCUCUUUGUUUUUUUUAAAUAAACUACUUUUCCUUUUCAA